GCGAGCGGCUGUGGACCCGUGGAACGAGAGCCUCUGGAACUACCGCUGAUCGAAUUGUCAUUUAAUUUGCGCUCAUCGUAAUACGAAGGAGCGAGUUAACGAGACCAGAUUCGGUGACUGUAAAAUAGUCGUCGGGGGGGGGAAAGAAAAAAAAAUCGAGAAUUUUACGAGUUUGGGGUGGUGGGGGGCGGGCAGCAUUUGGGAGUUUCAAACAAGCGGUGUUGGUCAAACAUCACACUCGGGAAGGUCACGAACAGCGGUGACGAAGAACGGCAAUCAUUGUAAUUGUAGACAAGCCGGCUAAGUAGUUGAAGCAGCAGCAGCAACAACCGCAGUCGACUCGAGCAGCAGCAGUAGUAGUAUAACAACAGCAUCGCCAUGGCGAAGGUUCAAGUCAACAAUGUGGUGGUGCUUGAUAAUCCAUCACCCUUCUUCAACCCCUUCCAGUUCGAGAUCACCUUCGAGUGCACCGAGGAUCUACUCGAAGACCUGGAGUGGAAGAUCAUCUACGUGGGCUCGGCCGAGAGCGAGGAGUACGACCAGACGCUGGACUCGGUGCUCGUGGGGCCUGUCCCCGCCGGUUGCCACAUGUUCGUCUUCCAGGCGAUGGCAGCGAACCCGGAGCUGAUCCCUGACACGGACGCGGUGGGCGUCACGGUGGUGCUCAUCACGUGCACGUACCGCAACCAGGAGUUCAUCCGCAUUGGCUACUACGUCAACAACGAGUACAUCGACCCCGAGCUCAAGGAGAACCCUCCCGCCAAACCGGAUUACUCCAAGCUCCAAAGGAACGUGCUGGGCACAAGCCCCCGCGUCACGCGGUUCCAGAUCAACUGGGACGACUCGCAGAAAGUGGCGGAGCGUGAGAACGUCGACCCGGCGCUGGCAUCGAACUCUGCGGCGUCCAUGACGGCGGCGGCGACGGCGGCCUCGCCGGGACUGUCCACGAAGGGGUUGCCAGCCUUCCCACCGCCACCGCCGCUCGGCAUGUCGUCCUCCGCCCUCGCCCUCAACGUCCACCCCGACAACAGCAACUCCAUGGACUGCCUCUGACUUGGCGCCUCCUCUUCCGUCGUUGUCGUUUGUCGCGUUUCCGAAAUUGCCGCGGGAUUAACAAAAACUAAACAGGAAAACCGUUAAGUUGUUCCAACGACCACGUCGUGCGUCUCUCGCAACCGCACUCCGUAAAGGUUUUUUUUUGUUGUUCCGUGGCAUGGUGUGAUGCCCUCCCCCCCACCCCACCAUCACCACCGCCUUGUUUGUGUGCUGUUUUUUUAUAUCGACAGGAAGCGACUUUGCUUUUCGGUUGACCGACAUGAAACCCUUGCAGGCCGUCCACCACCACGUCCUAUCCGCUACCCCCUACUUUUUUGGUUCACUCCUUUUUACUCCUCACAGCUCCAGUGUGCGUGGUAUGAGGCAGACGGAGCGGAGAAUUUGCUUCGGGAUGUGGGUGGGAGAGAGGCGGGGGUGGCGUGACGUUGGCGAGAUGUUAACUACCUCGCCUGGUAUGCAGGAGGUCGUGGGUUCGAUCCCGACCCUGACGCCUGCUGCUGUCUUUGGAGUUUUCGAUGUGUCUCUCUCCCCUGUGGGUCGCGUGGAUUUUUCUCCGGGGCCUCUGGUUUUUCCUCUCCACAUUUAGAAUCAAGGUCACGCGUUUAGAGUAUUUGGCCGUUCGUAAAUUUACACACUAUGAUGAUAAGCCACUUCGUUGAGUUAUCAUUUGUAAUAGCCAGGUCCCUACUGGAAAAAUAGCUACAUAGCUAAGUGGGGCCUGAAAACCUGGUAAAAUAAAAGUAGUUUAGUUAGAUGAGGGGUUUUUAUCGAGGUAGUCCGAAGGCUUCGGUGCGCCGUGAGGGUCACUUGCCGUUGACCUCCAGUGUGGAAAGCUAUGGAAAAGCCGCUCCCGUGUUUUUGUCGUGACAGGUUCAGAACUUUGGAGGUGGCUGAAUAAUCCCCCCGUGGGCUCAUUCUGCCCAUGUUGGUAUUGAGUCACCUUUCCCUCUACCGCCUCCCCCCACUCCAAAUUGUUUCCUGGCUUUCUAAAGAAAUUAGCUUUUUCUCGUGCGCUGCAAAGCAAUCGUUUCAGCCCAGUUACAAGAUGAGGUUAAAGCACAUAACGGAAUCUGCUUGUUCUAAAUUGGCGUUGUCUAGGUAUGUCACAACGUUAGCCUCCAUAUCCCCCAUACGCCACCACCACCCCCCCCCCAAAGCCAUUUCAUGAAUUGUCACAAUUUGGCGUUUCAGUUUGAUUCAAGAAUUAAUAUUUUCGUCUACCUUUGGCGCUGUCUUGUUUGUGUUGUCUCUUUCCCCUGCUACCCCUGUCUUGGCUGUGCAUUAUCCUACACUCACGUUGGGGCGCGUGUUUGGCAAGAGUAUUUUGUGCAACGUUAGUUAUCAGGCUCCUGUUACCACGCACGAUUUAGAAAGAAGCGUGUUGCUCUUAGAGUUGUGAGAAUAGAUUUCGGUCGGUGUGUCGACCCGUGUCAUGAUUACGCGCCCAAGUGUUGACGCCCAUCUCCCGAGAUAGCAACUGUGAGCCUUAAUACGUACGUACGUUUAACUUCUUUCGCACCGUACGUUGGCAACCGGCGCUAAUUGGAGGCGAGGGGGAAGGAUAAACUAAACACAAAGCAGUUCUUUAAGAAAUUCGUUUUCAAUUUCGAUUAUUUUAAAGUCACUCGUGACAUUACGGCAGUCGCACAAUCGGGAUAUAUAUUGGGGGGGGGGGGGGAGUGGGGGAACGCACAUUGAACAAAUGUGAAUAAUAAUCAAACGGGAGUGAGACCACACGCUAUUAUUACCUGCGAGGCGUGCUACACGCCAUUCACAAAUCGGUGUCAUGACGUCGUUGAUGUGUUGAGAACCGCUGUGGUGGUGGUGCCUAUGUCCUGUGCCGUUCUUUUGCCUGGGUACUUUUGUAGGUUCGUUAGGAAAGAUCAGAUUUGCGGAGCGGAAGGGGGUGCGGGGAGGGGUUUCUUUUGUUCGCACACCUGCUCACACAGUUGAUGAGUUGUAAUAUUUAUUUUUAUGAAUGCGCUUAAGGGGGGAGGUGCGACGGGAUGGAUGAUGAGGUGGAUGACUUAAUGGCCAAGAGGGGUCUUUGAGCCCAAUUGGCUCAACAAUUUCUUAUCUCUCCCAGCCAGGGUGGCAAAUGCUAAUAAUGAUUUUAAGAAAGCGUUUGGGGUUGCUUUUCUUCCUCGAUCACAAAUGUGUACGAUGUUGUCGAAGGGUGCCGUAGAAUGUCCGAUUUUAUAGAUUGUUUUGGGAGAACUAAUUUGAUAGGAAACGUCUACGGGGAAAGGGAAAAAAAAAAAAUCUAAAAUGCAUAUUAAGUGCGUGCCGUGUCUAUGAAAAUGGACAAUUGAUCUAAAGCUAACCUUUCUGACCAUGGUAGUGGUGGUGUUGGCGGAUAGCGGUCAAGUUGAAUGCUGCUAGUAUUCGCCACCUAGGCCGGUAAAGACCACAACUUCCCGCUUUGCCCCCUUGGUUCACGGGCUAAUAGCGAAUCGGAUAAAUGUUUGUUGGCCGUUGUUAGAAGUGGAGGUGGCACCGUGUUGUGUGUGUGUGGUUUUAUCGUUAUUGGCGGUGCGGGGAAGGCCGGAGGAAGUUGUUUGUUCCAUGGAGUUAGGUUGUGCGUGGGAUUGAAGCGGAGGAGUUGUCACGCUUGCGCGCGAGAGCGACCAUGUUGAAGUAAUAGUCAAAAGUAACAAAUGCAUUUUAUAUAAGUACUAUGUAUAGUUAAUAAAGUUAAAGUUAUGUAUUCACACACUCUUUGUGAAAAUGUGUUAAUCGUGUUUUUACAUGGCAGUUUUUUUUACGUAAAUUAUCAUCCUGUAAUCUUUGCUUUCGGCGCAUGUGUAUGCGCGCGCGUGUGUGUACGUUGAUAUUCUCUGGCACCGUACUUUGCCAACCAUGCUAAUCGGAGGUUGCGGUGGUGGUGGGGGGGGGGGCGGAAGACAAGCUUAACAACAAGCAAGGCACGCUGUACGGUGGCUCGCCAGACAAUUAACGCUGGACCCGUCAUUGGCCAAUUCGCGUAUGCAAGCUUCCUUUCUACGAUCACAUAUUGCCUGACCUUGCUUUGGCCUUAAAGAUCACCCCCCCCCCCAUUACUGCCUGCUGGAGGGGUUGGGCGGCAAGCGCCGUCUGCAAGCGCCUACAACGACCAGCUCCGGCACGCGAGGGGACACGUCACGUACAGCGGGGCCCACUCCCUUGCAUCCCCUGCACCUGCAAACCAACGGUUCAAGGCGAAUCAACCUUGCCGGAGACUCGCCCGAGGGGUAGUGGCGUCGGUCUCGUGGCCCCCAUUUCACCACUUUUUGCUACUCUCGCCAGCCAUGGCCGAGAGUCGAACCCAGUGGGCUUUGGGGAGACGGGUCGACAUCCUGUGUGACGCCAGCUCGACGUCGAAUUACCAGCCCUAAUCGAUGCGCACGCGCGAACGAAGUUGUCCCAAAGCUGGGCAGCUAUCAAGAUGUCACUGCAAGCUUGUAGGUCACCCUGUGAUGGUGGUAGCGGUGGCUUCCGCUUGGCCCUCCGAUGAGACGAGACCUUCACGGGGGAUUAAUUAAGAAUUGAGGCUAAGCGUGGUUUAAGGCUGAACAUCCUCCCCUGGUUACCGUAUGGGACAGGGUAUCAUCCACGGGCGAUAUGCAGCCAUUUGACAGCGCCAUAAUGAUUUAGAAAUGUCGCCUGCGUUUCUUUGCGCAGGACCUCUUGCCACGAAGGAUAUCCAUCGCCCUUGCGGGCGUCGGAAAGCGUCGCUUUGUCACCAGAUUUGGCGCGCCAAGUGUUUUUUUUCCCCCGAUGUAAAGAAUGCCGUCGCGUUUCAAUACCGUGUUCGUAUUGCGUGCGGUAAUGCCUUGAAAUUGUUUUUUUUUGGAAUUGGAUUAGGUUGUCUUUUUUAGGUUUUGCAUGGUAGGGUGGGAGGGGGGGGUUGUUUGGAUUUUUUUAGUUUUUUUUGUUUGCUUCCAAUGUUUCUGCACACGUGUGUGCGUUAAUGUCUCGUGUUAUCCCCUGGGUCUCUGUUGCACAAGAGAUGAUUCUAAAUGGGCUGUCGUGUAAAAAAAACGAAACAUCUGUCAUACUGUACAUACGCCCCUCACAAAUUGUUUCUACUUAGCACUGUCAAAGGUUCUGCAAUAAAAAAUAAUAAUAAAGCACUGAAAAUUUUACAG